ACAAAUGACACCUUGUCUGUAGUCCAAGUCUUGUCCGUAUAAAUUUGAAUGUCUAUUCACCGCCGAAACGCGAAAUAACAGCUAUUUGGAUUGGCAUGUGGUAACUGAGGUCAGUCACGUGAUAUCAACAAUGAAAUAUUUCUCAUAGCAAGAAGGAAGAUUUUGGGAUAUUUUCUGGUUUUAGACUAAAACGGUUUAUAAAGUCCUAUUAUGUGACAGUCAACGCAAAAUCUUGUAACAGCACAAUAAUGCCAAUUUUUCAUUCAACAGCAAUAUUAUUCCUGCAGAAAAUGGCAAAGUGGAUGUGCCUUGUGAAGCAAUCUUCCAAAUACUCUGAAAUAUAGAAUCAUGCCUUAAGUUAUAUAAAUAUUGAAAAAAAUUAUCCAUUAUCUUGCCAACAAAGUCUGUCAACAUGAAUUUAAAUGGAAAAUCCUUCAUAUUCCGUAUAAAUGACAAUGGAGAGGGUUUACAGAUUGUUCGAAGUGUAUUCCUUGAGAGGGGCUGGAUUGAAUAUGACGAAGACACCCAUGAUGAAUCUGAAUGGAAUGUCUGGUGGCGAUCAUCCAGGUUUCGUACAAGUGAUUACGACAAUGUAAUGUCAUGGCAACGAUUAAAUCACUAUCCAAAAUCUACCACAAUUACACGUAAAGAUGGUCUUGCCCGGAAUCUAAAGAGAAUGAAGGGAGUGUAUGGCUCAAGCGUUUACAACUUUUGCCCCCUUUCCUUCAAUGUUCCCAAUGAUUAUACAAAAUUUGUAGCCGAAUACACGAAACUAAAACAGAAAACGGAUUCAAAGAAUUUGUCGUGGAUCUGUAAACCUAUCGACAUGUCACGAGGGCGGGGGAUCUUCAUCUUCAAAGAUUUAUCAGAACUUCAAUAUAACUGUAGUGCUGUUGUUCAACGCUACAUCACUAAUCCAAUGUUGAUAUCCGGAUACAAAUUUGAUCUGAGACUUUAUGUUGCGGUACCGUCUUUUCACCCUCUAAAUAUCUACAUACACCAAGAAAGUAUAGUCCGAUUUAGCACAGAGAAGUACGACCUCAACAGCCUUAACAAUGUCUUCGCUCAUUUAACAAACUCGUCCAUCAAUAAAUACAGUCCUAAUUACUCGGCAGGUAAAGAACGGGUUGGUCCAGGGUGCAAAUGGACGUUAACUCAACUACGCUACUAUUUUCAUCAGAAUAAUAUCGACGAUCGUUUAUUAUGGCAACGUAUCAUAAACAUAGUGACCCUUACUUUAAUUACACAGUCGCCGUCAGUGCCUAAAGUAGAUAAUUGUUUUGAAUUGUAUGGUUUUGAUAUAUUAGUGGACGCAAAUCAGAAACCAUGGUUAUUAGAGGUUAAUUUUAGUCCUAGUUUGAGUGCCGAUUGUCAAGCCGAUUACCUCGUUAAAAAACCUGUUGUUCAUGAUUUAAUAGACAUGCUCAAUCUUAAUGAAAUAGACAAGGACCAGGGAAAAGUUGCGACGAAAACUCCACGUUCUAUCGAUAGCCACCGAGCAUUCAGUAGAUUAAGUCGGGCUGGCAGCGUAAAACAAUUACCGUCCGUACACAGUGCAAAAAAACGCACAACACCUUCUCCAAUAAUUCGUAGUCCGGCACCACCUAUAUUUGGUCUUCCUUUGGUUCAUCACUCAGAUGACGAAGGAUGUGUUUUCGCUUCAGGGGACUCGACAAAUGAUAAUAAAUUAGGCGUCGAUCAUGGAGACCAAUAUAAAAAUAAGACCAUGGAAGUUCCAGAUAGAGUUGUAUUGUUGCCCCCAAGAACCCCAAAGUCCAGACACACUCUUCGGAAAGUGAACAGUAAGGGCUCAACGAUUUCUGACAGUGGUAUUUCUAGCUUCUCCAGUCAUAGUGAAAACUCCAGUGCUACAUCCAUUAGACAGCUUUCGGAAACUAGAAGUGCUAAACUUAAAUCAAGAUAUUCAGAAAAAUCACCACACUUUAUGAAAAGUCUUUGUGAUCUUAAUCUUGAUAGCUAUCAGCAGUCGAAGACAAGCGAUGUCGGAAAUUGGAGAUUUAUGGUAAGGAAGGAAAUUGCUACGUCAGAGAAACUUGAUGAAGAGGCUAGCCUAAAUUCAAGAAGUCCAGCGCCUCAGCUUCCUCCUCAACACUUACCAAAAACAAAAAGGAAUCCACGACUCUCUUCAUCGGAUACAGUUCAACUCAUGCCAGGUACCCAGAAAAAACGACAUUCUAUUUCGAGUAUGAAACCAUGGUUGCGAACACGUCGUAGCCAUCUUGUUAAUCAGCGUCAAGUUGGCUUAAGAGGUCCUUCAAAGAAAUUUGGUGAUUUUUACCUUGUCUUUCCGUUUAAUGAUGCAACCCUUCGUGCCAGCCAGACAUCUCUAGACGCUAGAGUUAUCAUACGCGAGAUUCAGAGACAAACAAAAGAGUUAGCUAACCCGGGAAACAGCACUGAUAGUAAUGUUGAUCGAAUAUGGCAGCCUGUCAGAUCCUCAGAAGCUGGCCUACAAGUUUGAUACAGGCUACAUUUAGUGUUAUUUUAUUUUGAUCUCUUCGCAAGUGCCUUUUUAAGGAUUGAUCCUCUGACCUUUCCUGAUUUGACAAACAUGUGAACUCGGGGUUAGGAUUAGUGACCUUUCCUGAUUUGACAAACGUGUGAACUCAGGUUAGGAUUAGUGACAGAAUCAUCAUGGAUGGCAGAGGUUAUUUUUUCGAACCAGAGUCUGAAUUCAAAUCAUCAAACAUAUCCUACACAUCCUACUUGUUGACUUAUUUACUGUAAUAUAAUAAUUGAAACUUUUAUGUUUAUGAUACUAAGCUGCAUUUAAUUGCAAUCUCUGCUGCAUUUUUUACUGGUAGUAAACUAAACAAAUUUUAAUAGCUUGCACCAUAACCCAAGUCCUAAUCAUUAAUUUUAUAGAAGUCUGUAUGGAUAGGACAAGAUCUCUCCAGAAGUAUAUAUUCGGAUAUACUUUCUUGACACAAAUGGUGUUUAGAAAUCUCUGAUACUGCUGUCACAAAGGACUUUAUGUAAAGUGAAAACCAACUUUAACUUUGAUUAUUAUAAUGCAUUUAAUUUAGUAUUAAGAAAAGAUAAA